AGAGGCCUCGCCCUGGGAGCAGCAAAUCCCCAGCCAGCCCCAUCAAUUAUUAACAGCCCUGGGGCUGGAGGCUGCAGUGGGGCAGCAGCUCCGAGCUCCCCAGGCCCCGCGAUGGCACAGCCCCCCAGGCUCCUCGCCCCUCUCAGGCUGGGGCUGGCAGCAUCUCGCUGGCUCAGCACCCCUGCCACGCCAGGGGCCCGGCUCGACCUGCGGGGCAUCUUCCCCCCGCUCACCACCCCCUUCACAGGCCUGGCGGAGGUGGAUUACAGCCGGCUGGAGGAGAACAUGCACCGCUACGCCACGGUCCCCUUCCGAGGCUUCGUGGUGCAGGGCUCCAGCGGCGAGUGCCCCUACCUGACGCCCCAGGAGCGUCUGGCCGUGGUGAGCCGCGUGCGCCAGGCCGUGCCCAGGGACAAGCUGCUGCUGGCCGGGUCGGGCUGCGAAUCCACGCAGGGCACCAUUGCGAUGACCGUGGGCAUGGCUGAGGCGGGCGCUGACGCCGCCCUGGUGGUUACACCCUGCUACUACCGGGGCGCAAUGACCAGCGCCGCCCUGACCCACCACUACAGCCAGGUGGCAGAUGCGUCGCCAAUCCCCGUGGUGCUGUACAGCGUCCCAGCCAACACCGGCCUGGAGCUGCCCCUGGAGGCUGUGCUCACCCUGUCACAGCACCCCAACAUCGUGGGCCUCAAGGACAGCGGGGGUGAUAUUACCCGGCUGGGGCUGAUUGUCCACAAGACGCGGACGGAGGAGUUCCAGGUGCUGGUGGGAUCGGCUGGAUUCCUGAUGGCUGGCUACGCCAUAGGUGCCUGCGGGGGGGUCUGUGCUCUUGCCAACGUGCUGGGAGCCCCGCUCUGCCAGUUGGAGCAUCUGUGCCAGGAGGGACGCUGGCAGGAGGCCCAGGCCUUGCAGCUCCGGCUCAUCGAGCCCAACGCAGCGGUCACCCGCAAGUUUGGGAUCCCGGGGCUGAAGCAGGCCAUGGAGUGGUUCGGGUACCACGGUGGGCCCUGCCGCGCCCCCCUGCGCCCACUGAGCGAGGCCCAGCUGGAGGAGCUGCGCAGGGACUUCCGCAUCAAUGGUUGGCUGUGAUGGGGGAGCAGAAGGGGGUCCUCCCUCCUCUGCUCACCUUCCCCUCACUGGCACCCU